AGCAAGCUGUCGGCAUCUUUAGGUGCUCUGCUUCAAUACUUUCUACCUUCCUAUGAAGGUAGAGAGACCCUUCUCUUGCAUAGUUCAAGUGAGAGUGCCAGAAAAUGGGAAGGGCUCCUUGUUGUUCCAAAGUGGGGUUGCACAAAGGUCCAUGGACUCCUAAAGAAGAUGCAUUGCUUACCAAGUAUAUCCAAGCUCAUGGAGAAGGCCAAUGGAAAUCACUACCCAAAAAAGCAGGGCUUCUUAGAUGUGGAAAAAGUUGUAGAUUGAGAUGGAUGAACUAUCUGAGACCAGAUAUAAAGAGAGGGAACAUAACACCAGAAGAAGAUGAUCUUAUAAUCAGAAUGCAUUCACUUUUGGGAAACAGAUGGUCCCUCAUAGCAGGAAGGUUACCAGGGAGAACAGACAAUGAAAUAAAGAACUAUUGGAACACCCAUCUAAGCAAAAAGCUGAAAAUUCAAGGAACAGAAGACACAGACACACACAACAUGUUAGAGAAUCCUCAAGAAGAGCCAGCCAGUGAUGGUGGCAACAACAACAAAAAGAAGAAGAAGAACGGUGGCAAAAAGAAGAACAAAGGCAAAGACAAUGCUGAGCCACCAAAGACCCAAGUUUACCUACCAAAACCAAUUAGAGUGAAGGCUAUGUAUUUACAGAGAACGGAUAGUAACACCUUCACCUUUGAUUCCAAUUCCAAUUCUGCUAGUGGAUCAACAAGCCAAGAGAAGGAUGAAAGCCCCGUGACAAAAGAAUCAAACGUGGUUAGUGAAGUUGGUAAUGUGGGAGAAGAAAGUGAUGGUUUUGGCUUCUUCAGUGAGGACCAUGACUUAGUCAACGCCUCAGAUAUUGAAUGCCAAUCUUAUUUUCCCACAUAUCAUGGCACCCUACAGCAACUGUAUGAAGAAUAUUUUCAGCUCUUGAACAUGGAUCAAGGCCAAUUCGAACGGAAUUCCUUUGCAGAAUCUUUAUUAGAGUGAAAUAAUACCAAGAAAAGGCUAUUUCAGCUGAUAAGAAUCAGACUUGUUACUCAAGAUGAAUUCAAAUCUUGUUACCAUAUGAAAACUUUUUCGGUAGUAAGUCAUAUGUAAAUAUCUUUCUAAGCGUUCUAUCAGCUUGGAAACUUUUCUUGAACUUAAUAAAUCUAGUGACCCAAUUUAGUUAAUCUUUCUUACCUAAAAAAUAAAUAAUUGGAGUGAGAGAAUAAUAUUGAGGAUAUUCAUCAA